GAAUGUUUGUGGCUGGAUCUAAUUCAUCAUGAAAAACUUGUGGGGGUGGGGGUGAGGUGGUUAAAAAACACUGAAGCUUCAGAGCAGUGAAGCAGACAUGAACUCUCUGCGUCAGUGAUCUUCCUCCACGGGGUGACAGAAGCGGCCCGGGACCGUCUCUCUCAGCUACCGGUCUUAAUUCCUCAGGUGUGAAACACUCCAUCGCAGCAGUUCAUCCGCACACACAGACUUCUUAAAAUGCAUUUUUCAAACAUCACGCAGGGAUCCUCGCUGAGCCACACUGCAUAUGCACAGUGGAACCACUACUGAAGAGGACUUUCCGGAAGGUUCAUAGCGUUCGAGGUUUUGGUCCAAAGCAGCACUGGCACAGAGACAGCGACCUGGUGAGGAAGGACGUGUGGAACCAGGGGUGGGUUUGGACCCCACAUCUGUGAUGACUUUCAGCCUGGAGACACGGGCAUCCUCUGCUGUGCCAGGACAACUGGUGGUCUGAACAGAAAACCGGUGCAGGUGACGUCUCCCUGCAGACCACCAUCCACGGGAAUCACGGUACCGGAGCCCAUCCUGCCCACGAUGAAGCUGCUUGCCACACUGCUGCUGUUCCAGCUCCUGGUCUCCAGACCCAGCUCCGGGGUGGAGGAGGCGCAGGAGUUUGAGGGCGGGGAGGGUGGCCCAGAGCACGACUUCCUGUAUGGGCGGCCACAGCGGUCACGGCGUGGGCGUGCCACUGGUGAUGGCCAGCAGGAGGACAAGUGCUCAUACACCUUCAUCGUCCCGCAGAAGAAGGUGACGGGUGCCAUCUGCGUGAACUCGCGAGAGCCGGACUCGCUGCUGGAGAACAGAGUCCACAAGCAGGAGCUGGAGCUGCUGAACGGGGAGCUGCUGAAGCAGAAGCGGCAGAUCGAGACGCUGCAGCUGAUGGUGGAGGUGGACGGCGGCCUGGUCAACGAGGUCAAGCUGCUGCGCAAGGAGAGCCGCAACAUGAACUCGCGCGUCACGCAGCUCUACAUGCAGCUGCUGCACGAGAUCAUCCGCAAGCGGGACAAUGCGCUGGAGCUCUCGCAACUCGAGACCCGCGUGCUAAACCACACAUCAGAGAUGCUGCAGCUGGUCAACCGCUAUAAGGACUUGGAACACAAGUACCAGCAACUGGCCAUGCUGGCCAACAACCAGACGGCCACCAUCAGUCGUCUGGAGGAGCAGUGCCUGAGGAUGCCCCUGGCCGCCCGGCCUGGCCACCAGCCCCGCCUCCUGCCACAGCCCCGCCUCCCACCACAGCCCCGCCUCCCACCACAGCCCCAACCACAGGCCCCGCCCCCACCCCUGGCCCCACCCCAGCCUCCGCCAAAAAGUAGACCCUACCAGCCACCCACCUACCCCCGCAUUACCAACCAGAUCACGAACGACAUCCAGAACGACCAGAACCUCAAAGCGCCACCACCUCUUCCGACCACGUCAAAUGGGACAGGUGACCCCCCCGUCACAGUCAAGCCCUCAGGGCCCUGGAAGGACUGCCUGCGAGCGCUGGAGGACGGCCACGACACCAGUGGCAUAUACUUGGUGAAACCUGAGAACGGCAACCGUCUGAUGCAGGUGUGGUGCGACCAGCGACACGACCCGGGCGGCUGGACCAUCAUCCAGAGGCGGCAGGACGGCUCAGUGAACUUCUUCGGAAACUGGGAGGUGUACAAGCAAGGAUUUGGCAACAUCGACGGAGAGUACUGGCUGGGCUUGGAGAACAUCUACUGGCUGACCAACCAAGGCAACUACAAGCUGCUGGUGAUCAUGGAGGACUGGUCGAGCCGGAGGGUGUUCGCAGAGUAUGCCAGCUUCCGGCUCGAGGCCGAGGCCGACUUUUACAGGCUGCGUGUGGGCCGUUACCACGGCAAUGCGGGCGACUCCUUGACCUGGCACAACGGCAAGCAGUUCACCACGCUAGACAGGGACCAUGACGUAUACACAGGCAACUGUGCCCAUUACCAGAAGGGAGGGUGGUGGUACAACGCUUGUGCACACUCCAACCUGAACGGCGUGUGGUACCGGGGAGGACACUACCGCAGUCAUUAUCAGGAUGGCGUCUACUGGGCUGAGUUCCGAGGCGCGGCCUACUCGCUGAAGAAGGUGGUGAUGAUGAUCCGGCCAAACCCCAACACCUUCCACUAGUGGGAUGCGACCAGAACCAGAAGGUGGCGACUCGGCCAUGACCCGGACCCAAGAACUGUCCUUCGGAUAGUCCGGCUCGCUCCGCGUGUCGGCUAUCCUUCCGCCCUUUCUUAGGCUUUCGUGUGUGUGUUUUGUCUUUUGACUUGUGAGGACCUUGCACUUACAAUGACUGAAAUUACUCGCACAGGGGUAACUAAAGCAGCGCAGACUGUGGGUGGGAACCUGGAAGGAAGUAAGAAGGAGCAACAAGAAUAGAGUGCUGAUAUGGAGACGCAGCCUGAACACAGACCAUCCCCCCAACAAGAGCGUUAAGCCAAAAGUCAGCUUUGUCCUCCUAUCACUUUGGGGGUUAGCGGGAGACAAAGAGCAGGGACUCCACCCAGAGUUGGAGAGCAUAGGUUUGACUGGAAUUACUAAACAUUCAUUCAAUAAACAAUUAAUAACCCCCCCUUUCCUUCCUAAGACUUGAAAAGCAAGUGGAAAGGGGGGGGGCAGUGUUUGUAACCUCUAAGCCUGAGGUGAACAUUAAAGGUUUGAAUAAUCCUCAAAGAAACACGACGCAGGAACAAGCAUCCACUGACUUUGUAGAAACCUUCAAGGGUCAGAAUCCUCUUUUUUAUGGGCAAGUCGGCUUAGCAAGUAGAUUUUAUGUUCAUGUGAACAACUGUAUUUAUUCACAGGAAGAAGGCAAUUUAAGUAUCUCCCAUUUUUUUAAUAAACUCAGUUAUUUAGCAUAUAACAACCGAUUCAGUAGAGAACAUUGCAGCAGCCAUCAGUUACCUUCCAGGACCCAGCUGGCAGAGACUGGAUAAUCGGCAAGGCUGACUGGAGUUAGGAGGAAUUUUUUUGAGUGUGAUGUCUGUUGGCCAACAAAUAUGUUGUCUUUAGCACUCCAGAACGCUUGGAUAAGAAACAAACAAAUAUCCAAAAGGAAGUCCUCAUCUGGGGUGGGGGGAGGGAACACUGCUGAAAUCCAACUCCCCCCCCAGAUCCCAGUCACGUACUCAAUUUAAGGCUACAGGGAACAUCGCAAGAUAUGACAUCCACUGCGCUGCAGCUUCUGCUGUGUGCUACGAUAGGCUACUUUUGAUGGGGAAAUAUUUAAAAUUAUACCCAAGUGUCUUCACCACCAUAUGUACUGUAUAAAUUUAAAGGCUGAUCUUGUUUGAAGAUUCAAUGUCUUGUGUACAUAAUAGCCGUAUCAUUAAAGUAAGGUGUAAUAUAAA